AUGUACGAUAGGCGACGGGCCGACCGCCAGCUCAAGAUCUGGCUACUCCAGGCUGAAGUGGUGGAGACUCUCCUAUACGGGUGCGUCUCGUGGAGCCUAACAGCGGAGCACUACACGAAGCUCAAUGGGACCCACCGCCAGUUCCUAACACGGUGCAUCGGCUGGAGCACGCGGAAACGCUCAGACCGCCCCCUGUCCUAUGCCCAGGUCCUCAUCCAGGCNCUGUUAGGAGCGAUGGCGGGGGGCGUGGGAUACCGGGGCGGGCAGGAGAGCGACUGGGUGUCUCGUCUAGGAGAGGACCUCGUGGCCUUCAACAUGGAAGACGAAACGGAAGGGGUGAAAUGGAAAGAGAGCGCCAAGGAUCCGGAGGCGUGGUACAACAAGGUCGAGGACGGGGCGGCAUGGUUCAUGAGGAAAUGGCACAGACAGGAGGCGGAAGCGUCCGCGAAGCGCCAGCCCGCGAGGGAAGCAGGAGCAGAGAGUACGGCCAUCUCUGGACCGAAGAAAAAGAGAGUCGGGGAAGCGGCGGUGGGGGGGAAGAAACGGCGACCGGCCACUGUUAUAGAUGCGAGUAGGGCGCCCGAGGCAGCACUUGUGGCGAACUAUGCACCCGGCUGA